CUUUUUCAUUCAUUCAGUCAUUAAUUUAAUUUUGAACAAUGAAGUACUUAUUCUGCCUUAUAAUUGCUCUUUCAUUCGGUUUAUACCAAGCAUUUUGGACUGAGUGUCCUGGAUCAGGCGUUAUUGGACCAGAUUCAAUUACGUCACCCAAUUGCACUAUUGACAGAUGCAGGGUGACUCGAGGACAACUAUUGAGUGCAGAUAUCCUUGUUACAUGGUCUGGAAGUCACAGUGAGUUACGCACUAGAAUCACUGCAUUUUUGUUGGGCAUCGGCAUUAAUCUUCCUAUUGAUUAUCCGUUUGAUAAUGUAUGCAACGUUCUCAUGCUCCCCGAUGGUUCUUCUUUAAGCUGCCCAACAGUUCCAAAUGUUCAAAAUAGAAUACCACUUGAAAUGCUGAUAUCUUCAGCAUAUCCAGCAAUGAAUAAUGCUCGAGUUCAAGUUGACUUCUUUGAUGGAUCAGAAAGAGUAGCCUGUGGACUACUUACUGCUGUUGAUAUUUUGUAAAGUUUGAAAUUUGUUGAAUUUUGAUGAGAAUUGAAUUUUUAAUAAAAUUAU